AUGCAUAUUUCUUCCAUGAUCAUCGUGGGUCUGGCCCCUUUGGCCUAUAGCUUCCCUCACUUUGCCAACUCUGGCGUUGGACACUCAAUCCGGCCGCCAGUAAUCAAGUCUGGAAACGGAACCGGACGUCUGACGCCGAAUCACUUCUUCUGGAAAGCUCCGGGACCUGGCGAUCAGCGUUCCCCAUGCCCGACGAUGAACACCCUCGCAAACCAUGGCUUCGUUCCCCACGACGGCCGAAACAUUACGCUCGACAAGCUCACAAAGGGGGUCAAGGAUGCAUUGAACGUGGCCGAAUCCCGGGCUCUCAACAUCUUUGAGAACGCUCUUGUAGUCAACCCCGUUCCCAACGCCACGUUCUUCGACCUCGAGAUGCUCCAUGUCCACAAUGUGAUCGAACACGACGGCAGUCUCUCCCGCCGCGAUGCCGUCUUCGACCCCACCAACUCCUUCGACAAGGGGACCUUUGACAACUUUGCCAUCAACACGUCAAUCAUAGCCAACGCUCGUGCCAGACACGCCCUUUAUAUGAGCGAGAUCAACCCAAGCUUCUCCAUCACCCAAGAACAGAUUCCGGUCAUCGUCGGCGAGAACGCCUUCAUGCUGGCCAUUUUUGGUCAUCCGGAAAACCCGGUAGCGAAUAGGUCAUUCAUGGAGUACUUCUUUAGGAACGAGCGGUUGCCAGUUGAGCUUGGCUGGACUCCGAGCGACACUCCGAUUGACACCACGCUGGGCCAGUUCGUGCAGGAUAUUAUUGCUCAGAGUCCUCCCGAUGUGCCCCUCACAUUUACCCCGCAGUCAUCGAUUUAA